AACAUCACAAUUUCAAAGCAUCAAGCAAAGGAGAGAGAGAGAGAAACACACACAUUGGGGGAGAGAGGAUGGACUUUGGCCAUGCAUUUGCCCUCUCACUCUCUCUCAUUGCACUCCUCAGCUCUGCAACCCUUGCCCAACCGGCCUCGGCCCCUGCGCCGACAGGGCCGACGAACAUAACGGCGGUCCUGGAGAAGGCAGGGCAAUACACGAUGCUCAUCCGGCUCAUGAAAGCCACACAAGUAGCCGACCAGAUGAACCAGCAGCUCAACAACUCCGCACAGGGCCUCACCAUCUUUGCGCCCACCGACAAUGCCUUCUCCUCCCUCAAGCCGGGCACCCUCAACUCCCUCACUGAUCAGCAAAAAGUUUCUCUUAUCCAGUUCCAUAUCAUCCCGAGCUUCAUCUCCGUCCCACAGUUCCAGACAGUCACCAAUCCCCUCAGAACCCAGGCGGGAAGCGGAGAGGAUCAGUUUCCGCUCAAUGUGACGACAUCCGGCAAUCAGGUGAAUGUGUCGACCGGAAUCAAUGAUGCUCCGGUGGCAAACACCGUGUAUACGGACGGGCAGCUGGCGGUAUAUCAAGUAGAUAAGGUGUUAUUGCCAAUUGCCAUUUUCCGGCCGGCAGUUCCUGCGCCAGCUCCAGCACCUGGAGGGAAGGCUAAGAAGAAGAAGAAGGAGGCUGGGGCCCCCGCGACCGAUGCUGAUGCAACAGCGGAUGAUAGUGCCACCAGUGGGCCGGCGGUCGGGACAGCGGCCGCCGCAGUGUUUGCGGCAUUCAUGCUUGUGGUGGGUCAGGGGUUGUGAGAACAAGUGUGGAUUUUGAGUGUUUAUAGUUCUUUUUUUUUUUUUUUUUGUUGA